AUGUGCUCAGUCGUUGGAUGCGUUUCGUUGAGUAGCACAAACCAGCGGUUCAAAUUACCAGAGGACCCGGAGCAGAGGCUGGAGUGGGUCCAGUUCCUCGCCACGGUCAACAAGCAGCGUUUUAAAGAGUCGUCCUGGACUGAUAUCACCAUUUGUAGCCAACAUUUUAAAGAUGACUGUUUUGAAAAGCUGACUCCGAGUGGUACAGUCCGGCUUAAGCCCGGUGCCGUCCCAUCAUUAUGUCUACGGCCAGAGUCUGACCAACCUGAGACAGAUCAGAAGAGCCAAACAUCUGUGGAGUCUGUUGAAACUGCGGAAGUAGCCCCUCAGUGUGAUGAACUUGACACAGAGUCAGCACUAACUUCAGUGGCUGCCCAAGAAAGCCCAGUGGUGCCAAUUGGUGUCUCAUGUUCAACUGAUGCUUUUAUAUCUUUAUACAGCCAGCUGAAACAAGACAAUGUGAACAUUGAUUUGAUCAGGGAAAAAGCAACACUUCUUAAGAUGAAAGGAAAAUAUAUUGUGAAUGAAGAACGCCUGCUCCAGUUGUUCAGCAGCAUGUGCCCGUCAUGUGGUGGUAAACUUCAGAUGGAGAAGUUCACCAAUGGGGUUCUCAUCAGCUUGAACCAACAGUGCCUUCAGUGUCAGUUCAGAAACCAAUGGAAAAACCAGGUCAAUGCUGCUGUCCUAACAGCUAAAGAUCAACACCUGACAGGAGGCACAGAUGUUACUCCAGAGACACAACAGUCUCUUUCACAGGAAGUGUCAACAGAUGACAAGCACAGCAGCGUCACAGGCCUCUCUGAGAAUGUUGCUCUUGUCGAUCAGCAAAGUGAUCCUGCGGAUGAAAUGGAAUCAAGUGAUGAAGGUGAAGUGGAGUCAGAUGACGAAUGGAAGCCACGGAAUACAUUUUUGCUGACCAAACAACCUCAAAAGGAAUCUGAUGAUGACGAAGAUGAAAGUGACGAGAUUGAAGAAGAUGAUUUUCCUACUUACACCUACCAACACAGUCAACUCUGCACAGAGUGUGGAAAGUUUUACGCUAAAUGGAGGCGUCACACUUGUGAACAUAAAAUUAAACCGUAUUCUUGUAACACUUGUGGCAAGAGAUGUGUCAGUGAGAACGCUCUGAACACUCACAGCAGAGUUCAUGAUGACAACCAUGAAUACCGGUGCAAAUACUGCCAUGUUACAUUCAAAACAAAAGUGGACAAAAUGACUCAUGAGAAGAUCCACCUAACUGAAGGAACGCCAUACAAAUGUACAGACUGUUCAGAGACUUUUGCCACCAAUAAAGAACGCAGAAUUCACCUGGACGAUCAUAGAGGCCCUAGGGAGUUAAAAUGUGACAUCUGUGGGAUUGAAUUUCUUUCACACCUUAAUCUCCAGAGACACAAAGUAGUUCAUACGGGAUUGAGGCCAUUUAAGUGUUCAGUGUGCCAACGUGGCUUCAACCAGGCAGGCCACCUCAAAUCCCACAUGCGCCUGCACACAGGGGAGAGGCCUUAUAAGUGUCAGCAUUGUGACAAAUGCUUCAAUCACAAUGUGAGCUUGAAGAGUCAUGUGCAGCGUUACCAUGCAUCCAUUUCUGUAUGUGAACCAAAAGAGAUAAACAAAAGAGCCAGUGACAGUGGUGAUGCUCAGGAGAACGGGGAUAAGAGAGACUCAGACUCAGAUGACAGUGAAGAGGAAGAAGAUGAUUCAGAUUCAGAUGUGCAGAAUGAUAGAAUAGGCGUAUCUCAAAAGAAAAAGAGAAGCACGGGUAGACCCAUAGGAAGGCCAAAGAGCAGCACAACAGGCAGCUCAGCUCAGACUGAAGGUCGAGGUUCAAACACUAAGAAUGCCAAAGUAAAGCCUCAGAAGUUAAAGAGAACUCGUUGCAGUGAUGAGGAAAGUGAAGACGAGCAGACUGACAUAUCCUUUGACUCGGCAGAGAGAGAAGUGGUGAAGAGCAAGAGAGAGAGGAAGAGCACAAAAUCUGGGAGCGACUCUGAUUUUGAUCCAGAAGAGAGAGAAAAAAUGAGCAGCCAGAAGACUUGUAAGAGCCCAGGGAAGCGAAGGGGAAGACCAAGAAAGAAUGUUGUGAUCUGAAAAAUCUUUAAAAAUAUGAAAAAUAAAGUUAGCGUUCAUAGACACUUUUAAUGAUUUCCUAAAAAAACAACACACAUGAUAGACAGUAUUCCUAUACCAGGUUUUUUUUAGAAUUUCACAAUUGGUCAUCACUGUUAAAGUCCGUGUAAAGUAAGAAUAAAUAUGUGUUCUGAGUUUGACAUACCACAGAAAAGUGUGUUGUUAACCACCCUGCCAAAUUUGAAUGAUUAAAAAAAAUCGAAUAUAUGAAAUUAGGCUUCAAAAUUGUGUAAAAAUCAACCUUUUUCUCUGCACUCAAACGCUGUGGGAGUGCCCGCCGAGUCCGCUGAA